AUGGAAGGGCAAAUAUGCAGACCGACAGAUGAACCACCUGUUCUUUUAAGGAUGAGAUGAGCAUAUUCAAACCAAGAGAUUUAGAAAUCCUGCUACUCUUCAGACUGACUUAUCCUACAUAGGUGGUGGAUAUCUAGACAUAUAUGCCGUCAGCCUCACCUGGACCAGGUCUCAAAAGAGGAAGCAGACACUUGACUCCCCAGGUGACCUCCCCUCUCUCUCCACCCCUUCGACAACUUGUGGACUUUGUAAAUUGGAGUCUUCGUCUCUCGCGGGAUCCCCAAACUCCCUGAUGAGCUUCACUUAAUGGACCAUGAGAGUGAAAUUUGUGAGCUGGUUUUAAGGUGACACCCACCCCAAACCCCCCACCCCGGAGGCUCAUCUGGCCUGUCCCCUUCUCUCCCUAAAACUUGAUGUCUUGAUGCAUUGCUGUGGGCUGGGACACUGGCGGAGAGUGCAGUCCACCUAUGGAGAGCGUCAGGACUCAGAUAUCGUUGAGGAAAGAAACGCCCAGGUGCAGCUGGAAAAGGCUAAGUACAAGCCUGUGGCCUUUGCUGUACGUUGCAACUUCUCUUAUAUGCCAGCUGACGACGACAACGUCCCUGUACCAGGGCAAGCUGUCACAUUUGAGGCCAAAGACUUCCUGCAUGUCAAAGAGAAAUUUAACAAUGAAUGGUGGAUCGGACGGCCGGUGAAGGAGGAUGGGGUGGUGGGCUUCGUCCCCAGUCCGGUUAACCUGGAAACCAUUCUUAUCAGAAGAGAAGUCCAAGCCAGAAAAGCUGCCAAGGCCUUGGCCAGCAAAGCAGCAUCUCAAGUAGCUCAAGAUAUGAACUCAAAGAAAUACACUCCUCCUUCACAAGCCAACCAGCAGGUGAAAAAGAAGCCGGGGGAACAGGUAGCCAUGUACGAUGUUGUGCCAACAAUGCGACCAGUGGUUCUGAUGGGUCCAUCACUAAAGGGCUUAGAUGUUACCGACAUGAUGCAAAAAGCACUUUUUGACUUUCUAAAACACAGAUUUGAAGGAAGAAUCACUAUUACAAGGGUGACGGCUGACAUCUCGCUGGCUAAACGCUCUAUUCUCAAUAACCCUGGCAAGAAGGCCUUAAUGGACCGGUCCAACACACGCUCUAAUUUAGAUGCUGCCGCCCAGAUCCAAGGGGAGGUGGAGCGUAUAUUUGAGCUGGCCCGGAGCAUGCAGCUUGUCAUUUUGGAUGCAGACACAAUUAACCAUCCACUGCAAGUGUCCAAGACUUCGCUUGCUCCAAUUCUUGUUUAUGUGAAGAUAUCUUCACCAAAAGUGCUGACAAGACUUAUCAAGACAAGAGGAAAAUCUCGAACCAAACAUCUUAAUGUCCAACUUGUGGCAGCAGACAAGCUGGCCCAGUGUCCGCCGGAAAUGUUUGAUGUCAUAUUAGACGAGAACCAGCUUACUGAUGCCUGUGAGCACAUCGCGGAUUACCUUGAAUCUUACUGGAAAGCAACGCAUCCGGCAGAGAUGGAGCCUUCAAAUGCACUUGUAGCACAGCUGGCUGAGAACACAUUGCCUGCCUCUCCAGCAACAGUACCGGAUGAGCAGAAGAGUAAGAAGCAGGCUGCCUCCAAGAGGAAGGGUUCACAUGAGAACCACCCAGACAAGGAGACCCCACCCGCCCCAGAUCAGGAGGACAGAGUUGAAAAAGGCCAAAGAAAGGAAGAAGAGGAGCGACUUCUGAGGACAGAACCAAAAACGCAGCACACCCACCACCAUCACCACCACCACCACCACCACCGACGGAUGGAACACCACAGCCACGCACAGCACAGCCAAUCUGGUGACGUGAAUGUGAAGUCAGGUAGAGAUUACAGCCAGAGGCCUCCAAGGAGACCCCUGUAUGAGGAGAGGGAGGACAAGGUGGAGGAAGUGGUGGUGGAGGGCGAUGAGGAGGAAAUACACUACAACCACCGGGGACAUAACCAUCACCACCACAGUAGCAACCACCACCAUCAUCACCAUCAUCACCAACGCCACCGUGGCCAGCUGCAUGACAGGGAGGGCUACGAGCAGGAGCACAACGAACGCAACCGACAUCAGAGGCAUCACCAGCAUAUCCCAACACGGACACACCAUGCAGACCUCUAUCCUGCACACAACCAUCACAACUACAACCACCAGGGUAGAGAUCGGGACAGAGACAGAUACAAGGACAGGGAGAGCAACAGGGAUCGAAUCAGAGACAGAGAAGCACGUCAGUGGCACAAAGAUUCUUACAUGGAUGACUGACAUGUUUCUACUCCCAAGCUGAUGCAGUUUUAUGCUUCCCAUUUUAUAAUGCACUCAUAGGUGAAACAGUCAUUUUUGAAUGUACACUAUUCUUUCAUACUGUUUAUUGCUCUUUAACUCUACAGUGUUCUCUCCAAACAGCCUAAUUCAUUUUAUCUUUCACUAAAAUAGAAGCAAAUUCUAAUUCACACCAUCAAAAGGUGGAUUUGCUUGUCAAACUGUGUUUCCCUUUUGAUGAGGUGAAAAAUAUGAUCCUUCAAGCACUAGGAGGUUUCACAUUAUGUGCCUGCUGUGUUUGUGGCUGAAGGUAACAUUUGGGUUUGCAGAUUUUGUCUAUUAUUAGUCUGGCACAAACCUACCAUUGUCGACAGGCAUGUUUGCACUGUGACAUAAUCAAUGCUGUUUGCUUUAUAAAUUAGAUGUAGAGACAGUGUUGAUACCUGGAGCAAAUAAUGUUCAAAAAUCUGUACCUAAAAGCAAUUUCAGUCCAACAUUGUUGAAUAAUUCCAGAUGCAUUUAUUUUUUAGCCUUUACAAAAAAGAAAUGAGCAACUUUUAUCUUCGUUGACGUUGCUUGGGAUUCUUCUUAUUUUUACGCUUAUCUGGACAAAUAAGUUUUCUUCAGUGUAAUUUUAACAUGGCUGAAAAUAACAAAACAGUUCUUUGUGUAUUCCAUUUUUAUUGUCAAUUUUUUAUAUAUUGAUCAAAUAUGACAAACAAUGCACAUAUCUUUUACAAGUCUACAUCAUCAACACUAUAGGCAAUACAUUUAUCAGUGAUCAAAAAAUUUAAAAAAUCAUUAAUUUCCUCAAUCAAAACAACAAUCGUGAAGAGAACUUAAAAAAUGAACUGGAAAUAGCUAAUCAUUCAUAGAAAAGUUUAGCAAACAACGUUCUAAUUUCUCAUUAAUUUACAUGUAGCAGAUAUUUGAAUUUCAUCUUUAGCUUGAAUUUGGGUUUAAAGUGAAGUCAUGUAAAAUUUUGCAAAUCAAAAUUUCAACAUUGUACAAAAAAAAAAAAUAUUUCUAAAUAUUUGAAUUACAAUUUGUUUCUUCACAUUUGCACUUUAAUUUGUCUCUGAAUGCUAUUGCUUUAUAUUACAUCCUAAAUAUUUUUUUAAAUAUAUAUAAUCCUAAUAAAAACAUAUUUUCUGCUCUACUUUUGGGAAAGUCUGAAGCUAUUUGCUGUCUUGCAUUUGGUCUGUCUGGAAGCAUGACUAAUCACUCUGUAUGCAGGAUGAUCUAUGCAUUUUGUUGUGAUAAAACAUGUUGCUUGAAUACAAUCUAUGCAUUUGUACAUACUUCAUAAUUGCCUUGCUAUUUAAAUGAAGGGAGGAGUACACUACUCAGUACUGUAGACCUAAUGAGUCUGACUUUAGUGAGUAAACAAGACUGAUUAUAGCUUUGUAGAUUUAUUUUGUUUAUAUAAUUUUGUACAGCAUUCAAAAGUUCAUUUUGACAGAUAUGUAUUCUAUUGUUAAAAAUCAUUAAAAUAUAUUAUAUGCUGUCUGACAUUUUAUUUAA